GUUACAAGACAGAAAAUUUAGAGAGAGAGAAAGAGGGUGACUCACAGCGCGCCUCAAUGGAGUUUCAACUCUUUUUCAAAAUUCAUAGGGUUUUUACAUCUUCUUCAAGAUUUCAAUUUUAGCGAUUUUUUUCUGCUCCGAAUUUCAAUAUUACGAAUAAUUCUUCUUAAUCUCUUCGCAUAUUCUUCUUCAAUUCUCGAAUCUUCUGCGCUCAAUUUCACCCUAAUUCUGUCAUAAGAAGCUUCCUGAAUAAGCUAUGUUUCGAGCCGCAAAACGUGAACCAGACAAUAUUCAAAGUAGUAAUGGCGCAGCAGCUGCAGCAGGCGCUAGAAAUAGCAACAAUAACAGUUUGGUGGAUGAAGAUCACACUAUUGGGCGCAGAGUUCUUCGCUCUCAUUAUCUCAAUUUUAAGUCUCGGAUUUCCGAUGAGAGAGAUAAUAUAUCACAAGUUGAUUCAGAUAAAUUUAAGACGAUAAUUGAGGAAGUUGAAAGGCUACAUCAGCAAGUACAAAAACCUAGGGAACAGGUUGCCGAUGCUGAGGCCUUGCUGGAUAUCACAAACUCGUUGGUGACGACUGUAAAGGCACAUAGUAAUGGAGGAGUGACCCCUUCAGAUUUUGUUAGUUGUUUACUUAGGGACUUUGGCAAAGAAGGUGAAUCUAGCAGUAGGACAGAAGAGGAUGGAAAUAUACACUGGAAAGAUGUUGGUCUUGCUGUCUCUCAUGUUUUCAGGGGUGCUCCUGGAUGCUGCACUAUGAUUGGGCCUAUGAAUACUGAAGUUAAGCAACGUAAUCCUGUUGUUCGUAGAAAGCGUGUCAUGCCAACAGAAAGUGAACGCCCUGAGGAGCUAAAUGAAACAGUUGGCGAAGAGAAGACAGACACUGACAAGAAUAUGGCUACGAUGUUCCAAAUUUUAAGGAGGCAUAAGAGUGUUAAGCUUGAAAACAUAAUCCUGAAUAGAAGAUCAUUUGCACAAACAGUUGAAAAUUUAUUUGCCCUAUCGUUUCUAAUUAAAGAUGGGCGGGCUGACAUAACCGUUGAUGACAAAGGCUGUCAUAGAGUUUCACCAAGGAAUGCUCCUGCUUCUAAUGCAGUCCUUUCUGGGGAGGUUUCCUAUAUGCACUUCGUCUUUAGAUUCGACUUCCUGGAUUGGAAGCUUAUGCUGGCUUCUGUUGGUGAUGGAGAAGAAUUAAUGCCCCACAGAAAUGAAGCUGAUAUACCAGCCAAUUCUCAGCCGGCAUCAAACAAUGUAGAAAAUGAACGAGCUGUGUCAACAACCCCAAUAAGGAAGUUAUCCAGAAAUCGUGGUCUGGUUUUGCAGGAGCAGACUGUAGUUGAAGACUCCCCAGAAAGUGAUAAUUCUGUAAGAGCUGCUGCUAUUAGGAAAGGAAAGCGAAAGCUCACAUAAGACUGGCUGAAGCUUAUAGAACUUUGAGAUGAUUCAGGAAGUUCCACUGUUAUUGGUUAAGUAUUAGGAAAUUGUUAACUUUGAUCCGUUUUCCUUCCCCACCUUUUGGGCCAAUAGCUCUUUGGUUAAUAUAUUCGACAUAGAGGUAACAAGCGGACAUUCUUUUCCCAUCUUAUUUUGUUCCUUCUUGUUAUUACAUAGGGGGAGGGGGAAGGCUGAAACCCUCUUAUCGUAUGCCUACUGUAAAAAUGUUUUCUUUUUGUAGUAAUUGGUGACACUGCUGGUAACAAGUUGUCUCCUCCCUGAACUGUUUCUUAGAGAACUUAGUAUUGACCCGCAGUAUGUUUUUAAUGUA